CAGUCGCGUCGCCCACUUCCUUGGGCCUACCUCGACGCUGUCGCAGUAUUAACUGCAGGCGUUCGAAGGCAAUACAAAAUCGUCCCUCCGACUGUCUCUCGCCCCUAGUGGCGCGCUCGCUCCUCGUUGCGACUGCGAUUGCGCCGCGGAGGUGACAGCACGACCUGCAACCCCACUGUAGAUGGUCUUCAACAACGACCACGAUGCCGGCCGCGCGCCCUCGGGCUUCCUUUGAGCCUAUACCGCCCGACUUCGACGUCCGAACGUUUGUCGAGACUGCCGACAACUUCCAAUAUGUCGACCGUAUCUCAUAUGAGAUGAUCGCUAACAACGGCGUCGACCAAUUCGAGAAGUUGAUAUUGCUGCAUGUAAUAAUAGGGGGGAAGCCUCUGGUCAUCGAUGGCUUCGAGGAGGUAUUGGACCCGUGGACCUUUACCCCCUCAUGGUUACGCGACAACCACGGCGACAAAGUCGAGAACGCACGAAACCUUACCAGCAAGGAGAACAUACCUCUCACCAUCAAGCACUAUCUCAAGCAUAUGAGUAGACUCACCGAUCAGUUCUUCGAUGUGCCGGAACAGUAUCGAGACAAAACGCGCCAGCGCAUAUACCUGAAAGACAUAGAUUGCCCGCAAGUAUGGCAAGACAAGCUGAAAGAGCACAUCCCAUCGGGCCUGUUUUACCUGAAUGAGAGCACGGGUGAAGUUGAUGGGCCUGGCGCACUGGACGAGUUGGGAGGCCGCAAAGGCCGGGGCAUCGCACGCGCUGGAGAUCUCAUGAGCAGCUUGCCGCCAGAUAUGCGCGCAGAGAAUCUCAUGUGCUAUAUCGGCCACGAGGGCACAUACACACCCGCGCAUCGAGAGAUGUGCGCAUCCUUGGGUCAAAACAUCAUGGUAAAUGCUUCAGGCCACAUCAGUGAGGACGGCAAACCAGAGCGCCCUGGAUCUUCUAUCUGGUUUAUGACGGAGACCAAAGACCGACACCUUGUGUCCGAGUAUUGGCUAUCCGUCUUGGGUCACGAUAUCGAAGUCGAGAACCACUUUGCGCAACUGAUUGCCUGGAAGAAAGCACCCUUCAAAACAUACGUGGUCGAGCAGCGCCCGGGCGACUUCAUUCUGAUCCCGCCUCUGGCUCCGCAUCAGGUCUGGAACCGUGGUACCCGAACCAUGAAGAUCGCAUGGAAUCGCACGACUGCCGAGACUCUUGAGCUCGCCUUGAAUGAAGCGCUACCGAACUCGCGGGUCGUCUGUCGCGACGAACAAUACAAGAAUAAGGCCAUCAUCUAUUAUACACUACUGAAGUAUUCUAGUCUCAUCAAGUCGGCUCGAGCCCAAGUCGAGUCAGGUGGGGAACAAGCCGAGGCCAUUCAGCACUCUGUAAAGGUCCGGCAGGUGCAGCGAGACUUUAAGAGACUCUUCGACCUUUACAAGAACAUUCUAUUAUCAGAAAUGUUUGCACCGGAUUCCCGCGAGCAUCCCGAGUUUCUGCCGUACGACAGCAACGUGACAUGCGCCUAUUGCAGAUGCAAUAUCUUCAAUCGUUUCCUCAGUUGCAAGUCUUGCAAGAACCUCUUCAGCUCCGAGAUUGAAGAACCCUACGAUGUCUGCAUGGACUGCUACUGCAUGGGUCGGAGCUGUGGGUGCCAGUCGGGCUACACAUGGGUUGAGCAGUGGAAAUGGAAAGACUUGCUGCAUAAAUACGAAGAGUGGCGUGCUCAAAUCAUCGACAUUGAUGGACACAUGACAGAGAAGACACCACUUCCGCUACAGGAGGAGCGAAGGUAUCUUGGCAAGAAGACCUUGGCCCAAGUAUCUCAAGAGCAGUUACGGUUACGUCCCUUUGUCGACAUCAAGAGCCCGCAGCCUGAAGGAGCUUCCGAUGACGAAGAACCUAUCGUAGAUGAGUACGGUAACAUUAAGAAAGUCGCCAACAAGAAGUCAAAACAAUGGCUCAGCAAGUACAAAUCAUGCCACUUCUGCCUUCACCGACACCCCAAGUGGAAGAUGGCGUUUUGCUCCAACUGCGACUUAGCUUACUGCUACGGAACCCUCUUCCGGGCGCAUGAUAUGAUGCCCGUGAACGUCAUGGAGAAUCCCAAUUGGAAAUGUCCACAUUGCAGGAGGGUUUGCAAUACUGGUGCAUGUCGACGCGAUCCUAGACAGCACCCCUACGAACCUUCGGGAACCCUUCUCGGUCACGACACUAAGAAAGUAGCAGAUGUGCGCUCCGUGGAAUGUCUUGUUGACUUCAGCGUUUCCAACCUGAACUGGCUACGGGAAGAUGAGGGCAUGGCUCAAAGUGCAAUGCAGCGACGAAUGCAGCAAGCGGAAGUGGACAAGUUGGCAGACCCAUCUCUCGAUUCACGAUUUGUUGACGAAGACCACACCUACACUCGGUAUGGCAUUACUUACUCUCCUGUAGAAGACAGUAAUGGCAACAUUAACGAGAAUGGUGAUGUUACCUAUGCCGAACCAUCGACUGUAGAUGGUAAAUCAUACUACCAAGACCCUGAUAUGGCUGGCGAGAUCCCGCGCCUAGGCCAGAAGCGUGGUCGCGACGACGGGGAGGACGAAGAGGGUAAUCGGCGAAAGAAGAAUAAGUCAAAGAAGCAGACGAGGAACAAGGAUGAGGCCGCGCAACCGCUUCAGCCGAAGAACGUAUCUGGAAAACAAUAUCAGAAGGAAGUGCAGAGGAAGCUAUUAGAAGAGGCGAAGCGCGAAGACAGGUUCAUCAUGGUUGCUGCUAGGAUGAAGGGCAAAUCGAAGAUUGUCAAGCUUCCUUUGAGCGUCCGUAAUCUCGAGGGAAUCCGACAGCGGCCGGCUGCUGGGCGUCCCCAAGUCGAGCGACAGAGGACCCCAGAAGAAGUGGACGUCUCCGGAGACAUCCGAUCGAUUCUUCAGUCCGAUAUUCUACCCAAAUCAAGUGUCUCCAAGAGCGUUGCUGAUAAGGAGAAGGACGCAAAAACUUAUCGUGUGCGUGUAGAGGACGAUGAGGCAUACUCAACGAGGAAAAGGAAUGGCGAUAUUAGCGGGGCUGCCAAACCUAGUAAAACUCGCGGCUCUCGACGUUUCGAGGAGAUUACCCUUGAGUCCGAUGAGGAGCUUGGUGCCGAAGAAGACGAGGUUGAAUACACCGGCCGAUCGCGUGCACGCGCGUCGAAUUGGUUGGCCCGUAGGAAUGAGGGCGAAGAAGAUCUACCAACCGAACUACCGGUAGACUUCAGGGAUGGCGAUGUAAGGCCCAACCGUGAGAAAGACCGUGAGCGAAACCGGGCGUACAACGAAAAAAGGAAGUCAAUGCCUGAGAAACCGAGAGCUGGCAUCCGGCCCGUCGGACGACCGUCGAAGAAGCCAAACCGAAACACCAAUGGUCAUAUAUCUGACGAAGACGGUAUGCAUGACGAAGACGAUCAAAACAGUGAGGCGCUCAUCCUAGCGCAACAAGCUGCUGCUGCAGCGCUCGAUGCUCAAAGAAAGGAGGAAGAAGACAAGGCACGCGCUGCGGCUGCGGCGCAAGAAGCCGAAGAUAAUCUUCGCGCAAAGAUGGCUUUGUUCCCAGAUUCUGACGACGGGGCCCAAUUAAUCGAUGGCUUCCUUGGUGAUAUAACCACUGAGGAUGAGAUGGAGGAUGAGCAACAGUCCGAGGAGGAGGCCACAGCGACCGAACACAGAGCCCUUCCACAUACGACUAACUCUAUCCUCGCCCGUCCUGGAAUGAUUGGGAAGAAUAUCACGAUUGUCGCAUCGUCAUCUAAACGUAAGGGCGAAGGGUCGGCCAAGACAUCGACAAUGACAACGACCACCAUGACUGCACCAGCAGCCAAGUUUCCGAGUACUCACAGGAAGGUUCAGGCCAUUGAUUUAUCUGACACGGAUAGUGAGGAAGACAUCCCUGCGAGCGCACCCGUUCCCAAGAAGCCUGUGGGUAGACCGCCUGGUAGACCUUUUAUGAUACCCACGCGGGGCACUGGCAAGCGCGGUCGAGGCCGUCCGAGGAAGACGUUGUAGACUACGAUUUCAUCAUGGCGCUCUGGAAGAUGCAUUCUGAUCCCUAUGCGUGGGCUAAGUUUGUUUCAUUGGUCAUGUUUCUUAAGGAGGCGCCGGUUGGGAUGUCUGUGUCUGACAAGGCUUUGUGAUGAUUGAAUUUACAUGCUCGAAUGAUUGGUAAUACCUUUAUGAUAUCGAAGCUGCUGUUCAGAGAUUGUCGAGUGCCUCGGUGGCGUUGGCAAGCAUUUCUGGUGCUAUUUGCAACGCAAGAAACUAGCCCCAUCAAAUCUCAAUCUGCUAAGCACCUUGAAUAUGAAUAUAAUACUUUGGG